AUGAGCGCAAGGCAGCCGACUUUCAUCUUUGAAAAGUUUUGGAGAAGCAUUUGCGUUAUACAAAGAAACGGAUAUGAAUAUCUUCUUGACGAAGCUCAACGUCGUGCUGAAGGUAUUGAAGAGGAUUCUCUAAAAGAGGCUAAGAAGCUAAAGCCCGGUGAUAUUGUUUAUCAUCCUAGCGAGAUAACAACACUUUGUUUGGCUGCUGAGAAUACAUCCAAAAAACAUUACAAAGACGAGUUUUGUGUUGUAAAAAUCAAACGUUUACCGCUAUACAUAAUUGGCGACAUCCACGGUAAUUGGCGUCAACUUUUGCGAAUAUUCAAUGUGUUGGGGUUGCCUGGCGAUAAGGCUUAUCUGUUUCUUGAAGAGGAAGAAAUAAAGAAGUCGAUGCAGGACUGACUGUGUUAAGAAUAAGA